GCAACUCGGACCAACGAUAAACCUGGAUUGAAGGGAAGGUUGGGAAUCGGUUGGACUCUUUUUUUCGCAAGAGGCUGUUGACUUAAGUUCACCUUUACUCGUCUCGGGAUGAAACAGUUAUGGAUAAAGGACCCAAUUUAAUAUUAGCAACAUCAUGAAAUCACAAACAGGAGUUCACUUUUAUCAGAAGCACCCCUUCCUCACCCCUGAACACUUGUCAGUUGCUGACUACUAAGCUGGGAAAUGCUGAUAUCUGAACAGGUAGAAACGGCUGUCCCAGGGUUAAAAUUGGAGCCGAAAAGAAGCACCAGUUUGCUCCACAUUUGCCGCUUCUCCAAAACGCUGCACAUCUAGUCCAACUGAAAUGUCUGUGGUGGCAAAGAAAUGUGGGGUUAAGUUUUCUCCCCCUGCUAUUGUCUUGAUUUAUGAAGACAAGGUGAAAAAUCAGACCCGAAAGAGAGUGAUGCCCGUAAGGAAUUUCUUCAGGUUUUCAGACUGCAGCGAGGCAGCUGAGCACCUGAAAAAAAACCCACGUCACCGUACAUACCUACAAGGAGUGCCACUGGAGCAACUGGAAAAACUUUAUCACAUUCUACGAGACCACCUCCUGGGAAAAUGUUUGGAGCAGAGUUUGGCAGCAGUUACCUUGGAUCCAGAAGAAGAUCUGAACAAACUCGAUGAGCAUGAGCUGACAAAGAAAAAACAGCUGAUGGACCAGCUGUUUCAGAAGAACCAAAAGAAGAAAGGGGAUCCAGACUUUGUGUACGAUCUGCAGGUAGACUUCCCAGAGCAGGAUCGCAUAGAGUCUUGUAGCUGGGAUGAUGACGAUCAAUCAGAAAAGUUUUAAUCUUUGCAAACCACACCAGAGUUGUGUGGGUGUUUAGUAGCAUCUCUGAAAUUCACCAUACUUCACACUUUGACAAAGUGUUACUGGAAACAUUGAUAGGGGCUUCAUUUAUAAGGCUUGUGUAUGCACAAGAAAGAGGCUUGAAAAGUGUGUACACAACUUCACUAAGCUAAAGGCACAAUUUAUAAAGAAAAAAUCGUGAUGCAAAAGCUUGCGUACAUUUACUACAACUCUGGCUAGCGCGUACACAACAUUUGAGUUACUGGGAAAUGACGACUCACACCAAUGAUAAUUCAUUAUCACCAAGCUGAUGAUAUAUUGUCCGUUGACGUAAACAAAUAUGUUAGGCACUGAAAUUGAUGAAUAUGAUUUGUAGACUGCAUUUUCGGUUCCCUUUGAAGAGGGCCAAUGCUGCAUAUUGCACUGAAGAACAUUUUUGUUUUUUUGUCAGUUUAUAUCGGCUACCUGUUGUCACUUCUUAGACACCUGGCUGACAGGUCAGGGAUAUUUCAGGCAAACGUCACUCCGUCAUGCCCGCUGUGAUGGAAUCAAUUAACUGACCGGUGAGACAAUACAUCCAGUUUUCAUAUCAUGUGGGAGCACAUACAUAAAACAUAACAUAUUUUUGUCAGCAUAAAAGGGCAUACUGCAUUCUCCUCAGGGAACUAGCAGGAAUGAAACUGCUUUUGUUAACUGUGAGCAGUGACAAUACAUUAAUGUACAAUUAAACUGUGAUGCCAAGAUAUUAUUGGCAAACCUCAUGCCUCAGUUGGCCUGGGUCAAUCCGUGAUUCAUUUAUUUUAAACCAAAUAGCUUUGGCAGAUGUGACGGUGCUGUAUGUGGUGGCUGGCUUGUUGGUAUGGUAACUGGCUGAACCCUCGUUUUUUCAUGUGGCCUUUACUAUUCAUUGUAACUGCAAUCAUGUCAUUACAUGGGCCAGGUAAUAAUGGCUACCCACUGAUACAUUAACGCCUUAUGCCUUUCCCAUAUCCCCCAGAAUGCAGAGGAGAGGCAGUGUAAUCCCAGUGGAGGAACACAGCCACACACCCUUGAAUUUGGGGUUAGGGUCUCAAUGCAUCAAGUGGGAGACUGCUCUACCAGUCAGUAAAGUUCUGAAGCAUUGUGACUGCUUAUGAAUAAGGUUGAUUGCCACGAUCCAUUGAGUAUGUGGAUGUUUCAGGACAAUGUAUGACGCACGUUCAUGUACGCGUAUUUGCAAGACAAUAACGAUUAAUAAUGAGAAAAUUGCUUAGAAAUGUGCAUACACCAGGUUUUAUCAAAUCUAAUUUUUGACCAUAUGCAUAUUUUUCACACAGUUUUAUAAAUUAGGUACUAGAUACAGCAAGUGGGGUACUUUUCUUAUUGCUAGAACCACUAUGUGUCAAGUCAAAACCACCAAAAAUAAUUCAGUGAAUCGUGUUUGCUGUUUGAGGUUAACAAAAGUUUAAAAGCUUGGGUAUUUGGCUAAAAUAAUCCUUUGCAAAGACCAUAUGAAAUAGCAAAAUUCUUAUUUCAUUCUACAUAUGAUAGAGGAUAUAGUUAUAAAUAGUACUGUCUUCUGGUGGAGUAUCAUAUAGUUUUAAAGCUGCCACAAUGGUUUACAUUAAAACAGAUGUCAGGCUUCAAUCCCAGUUAUCACUAGGUUGACUUAACCUUUCCUAAACAUACCUUAAUAUGUGUCCCCUGAACCAUAAUAAGCCCUCAAUUAUGACAGACUGAAUGAUUUCCUUAUACUAAUAAUGUAUCGAACUCUUGUAUAUACAUUGCAGUACAACCACUGCUUUCCAGUGAUCAUGGACUGAACAAACUUGAUGACACUGAGGCACAAGUUUAGAAUAAACACUCAUUCAUUUUUAUUGACCCGUUUUCCAAUUUUAUUAUCACAGGAUAUGCUACUGCUGUUCCCUAAAUGCAGUGGCACAAUACUUUCCAGGAGUGCGGUUGCAUUGGCUCUCUGGUCAUAAAGUCCCACACUCACGUUUAGUCUUAAGUCUGUUUAACAGAAAGAUUUAUGAAACCAGCAUUCUAUAUCUCAGUGUUUAAACAAUUGAAUAGGAACAUUUUGAAAUGAUUGUUGUGUAAAAAGUGUACACUGGGUUUGAAUUAUGCAGGGGUGUAUAAAUAUUGCUAGGAUCUCAAAAUGUACUAUUUCUUUGAAUGUUGAAUAAAAUUGAUGUUUUUUUUAGUCACAAUUAGGUCUUAAUAUAGCCUAAAUGUCUUCUAUAUGAACAACCUAUGCACUUUGAACUCAGUCCAUCCCACUAAAACUCCCUACAAGAAAAGAGCAUCACUUAUUAGGAGUUUGAGUCAUCCAGAUGUUGGAGAGACAGGUUUUUGUUUCAACCAUUUUUUAUAUAAUGUCUAUCAUUUUGUUAACUAACUUGUUUACUGAAACAACUUGUUCUAGCUGUGGGUCUGCUGUCCCACAAUUAAAAACAAGGCUAACUUAAUUUUGAAAUUCAAAGAAAGUACCACGCUUCAAUGAUGUUUAGGGAACAGAGGUCUCCUUAUUACUAAUGUUUUUUUUUUUUUGCUCCACUUCAGUUCACUGGUCUGUCAGGUGGCAGUUAACAAAGAGUUACAAACACAGUAUAAAGGGAGAAUCAAAGUAAAGUGUUGCAAUAUUUUCAAUUUGUGUGCUCAUCAUUAAGUAGCUAAUUUUGGCAGGUUUUGGGGUUGGAUGAUCAAAAACAUUUGGCUGAUUAAGCGAAGCACAUGUAAAUCCAAUUGUAAAAAUACCAAACAUAAACUUGCUAUAAUGUUCACAUACCUUUUCGACGCCCCACCAGUAAAGCACUUUGUCUUGCGUGUACUGCCACUUAGCUGUAGCUGACAUUUUUGUCCCCAGAAGUUAGUCCUUCACAUUGAUGAAUAAGUUACAAGGGCCCAAGUUGGAACAAAAUGGUGAAUGUGCAAUCUGUACAUAUACCUGGGAUCACACAGCAGGCCUGCACCUCAUGCAGUGUAAGAAGAAGUCUUGUCAUGAAACAGAAGGGGAUGGUCAACAGCUUUUUGAAGUCCUUUUCCCCAGGUAACCACCACAAACAGCAAAGCGUGUCAGCAUAACGGUCUGGGCUUUUAAGGCAUAUUAUCAAUAUGAACUACAUCCUCGUCAGCACAAAACAAUGGAGGACAUUAUCCUGCCAAUUUUUUGUUGAUGGAGAAUCAGCACACUUCCACUGUUUUGAUUAUUGCUUGGACUCUGGAGUAACAUCCAGUUAUGAAACCCCUCCUCAGUUUCUUUUGUUCAGAAUUCUCCUCCGAACGGCAGAUGUGGCAAUACAUCUUUAGGAGUCAACAUUCUUGGCACCCAAACAUGCAAAGACCAUGCUCAUAUUUAAUGGUUCAUAAAGAAUGGAUUCAUCUGAUCCAUAACUACAAUAUCAUUAUUUGAUUCAUUAUGACUCACUCCAUGGUAGCAACAUCAACUUCCGCUGAGGGUGUCAAUGGCCAUUAAAGACCUUGGGUCAUCCUUGACUGAUGUCCAGUCACGACAGAUUUCUGCUAAUCUCUGGACUGUGGCAUAUGAAGAAAACUGGUGCAGAUAAAACACUAACUAGGCAAGAAUGAAUCUUCACAUUGAUCUCUCUGUUAGACUUUCAGUAAUACCGAGACGAUGAAUUUUGUACAAAUGCUAAAAACUUGCAAUUCAUACAUUUUAAUAUACAGAACCCAAUCAAUCUUUGGCUGCAUAAAAAAUCAGCAAUGUAUAAUACCCCUUCUAGAUUAAGGACUGGAGAGUCUAAUCCUUCCAUUCCAAUUCAUUUAUCCCCAACAGUAAAACAUGGGCUGUAAGGAAUUUCUACAACAGUAGUUUGGAAGCAGGUUAAUGGAGGUGUUCAGCAGAUUAAGUAUCAGGUUCACUAAGCAAAAUAAUUGAUAAUAAAAAAAAAAAUGUUACAAAAGCCUGAAGCCAUAUCAAUACCAGGACUGCUGACCCCUGCCUUAAGAAAUAUAAUUCUUUUUUUUUUUUUACAUUUUUUACUUUUAUUAAUUAAUUUUAUUACAAUUCUACUGUGCGACUAAUUGACAACUGCAAAUAAUAUGUAUAGAUCUUUUUUCAUAUAAUAAUUCAUAUAUCACUUAAAUGUCAAAGGAGAGCAUGUUUGGCCAACUGGUAACCCUUUAAUGAAUUUGUGUGCCAUAUAUUGUAAUGGUGUCUCAUAGUUGUCUCUUGUUUCUGCAUGAUGUGCCAUGGUGGGGCUGUGGUUAGUAUGGCUGCCUGACAGAUCAAGUUUUCUGGGUUACUGAAUCCCAUUUAUGUUUUUCCCGUGUGAAAUUUGCAUGUCUGCAUGGGUUCCUUUCCAGGUACUUUGAUUUCUCUCUCACAUCACUUAAGACAGUUGUGUUACUUUAAUUGACAAUUCCAACUAGGCCAAAUGUGUAUGUUUCCAGUAAACGGACUGGCAUACCUUUACCUCAUGUUCAGAUUACUGACAUAUAAUUAGAGAAAAUUAAAAUAGUAAUCAUAAAAUGACACAAGAACACUACUAUUUUGUAAAUAAAGGUGCUGCUCUGCAAGCCUACAUUUUUGUUUAAUAAAAUGUAACAGAUACACAUUUUCACUAGUCAUAAUGAAUUAAAUGGUGCGUUUCCUUCAUAUAUUUUCCUUCAAAUAGCUCUUUAUACAGAAGGAACAACUUUACAUAUCCUAACGCAUAUUAGGAAAAAAUAAAACCUAAAUCCAUGCUUGGGUAAAAAGAUGGUUUUUAUUUCAACAGUUCCAAUUUUAGCGAUCUGCCAUGACUAAAUUAGUCAAGAAACCUGAAUGAAGUUGACCAGUUGUGCAUCUGAGGGAUAUUAAAGAGUGGAACCACCAUGCCUAUGUUUGGGACUGCAUAAACAUCACAGCACAUUACUUAACAGAUUUCCAGCUGUCUGUUUAGUGAAAUCAGUAAUAAAUAAGCAAUAAGCUCAAAGCAUGUUAAAUGAGGUGCAUAUCUUACCAGUGACCAAUUAGGACUACUACUGGUGACCACCAAAAAAAACACUCAGUGUGGGUCCUAAUGUGUUUAUAUUCACUGCAGUUAAAGCAUUUCAUUAUACUGUAUUUCUUAGGGUGCUAUUGCUUUCCCCAAAUAUGAUAAAAUCCUUAAAACUUAAUUAAAAAAAAUAAAUUAUGACAAUAACAUUCACUAA